AUGCCCGUGCGGAUUUUAACAGGCCCCCAGGGCGUGAUGCAGCGGGGGGGCGGCAGCAGCAUGAAUGGGGGCCGCCACCGAGCGCCUGGUGCCGGGAGCCCUGCUCUCGCGGCCUGCUCCCCGCUGAAGAUGUGCUCCCGGGUGCUGAGCUGCUGCUUGGGCCUGCAGCACCUCGCCGUGCAGGCCUCCCUGCUCUGCACCUUCCACCUGCUCCUGCUGCCCGCCCUGCCCGAGGGGCAGCCCCGCGCCCCGGCCGCCAGCGAGCUGCUGGCACGCAGCCUCUUCGCCUGCGGCGUCUCCGCGCUGCUGCAGACCUCCCUGGGGAGCCGGCUGCCGCUGGUUCAAAUCCCAUCGUUCGAGUACCUGGUCCCUGCCGUGGUGCUGAGCUCCCACCUGUCCCGCAUGGACAGGAACGGCACGGCUGUGGCCAUCGCGUGCCCUGCCCCGCGCUGCGCCGUCACAGGGAGCCAGGCCGCCUCGCUGCGAGAGGUCUCCGGAGCCGUGGUGGUGUCCGGGCUGACCCGGCUGGCUCUGGGGAUGUCGGGCGUGUGUGGCUGGGCAGCGCGGCACUGCGGGCCCAUGGUGCUGGCCCCCAGCCUCUCCAUCAUCGGGCUGUCCGCCUACAAGGAGGCCGCCUUCCUCUGCUCCGCGAGCUGGGGGGUAGCGCUGCUGCUCAUGCUCCUCACCGUCACCUUCUCCCAGCACCUGGGGUCCUGCCGCCUGCCCUUCUGCGCCUGGCCCCGCGCCCCGGGGGGCUCCGUGGAGCCGUCCGUCCCCACCCUGCGCACGCUCUCGGUCCUGCUCCCCUUCGCUGCCGUCUGCAUCGUCUGUGCCAUCCUCCAGCACCUCCGCGUCCCCUGGGACUCGCUGGACCCGGCCACAGCGCGCUUUCCCUGGGCCAACGGCACCCUUCACCCCCCUUGGCUCCAGCUGCCCUAUUCAGGCGAGUGGCCGCUGCUCACCCCCCGGGCGCUGGCGGUGGGCAUCGCCAUGGCCGUCGGCUGCAGCGUGAACUCGGCGGGCUGCUACGUGCUCUGCGGGAGGCUGCUGCGGGCCCCCCGGCCGCCCCAACACGCCUGCAACCGGGGGCUGUGCGCCGAGGGGCUGGGCAGCCUCCUGGCCGGGCUGCUGGGCGCCGCGGGGGGCACGGCCGCCAGCGUCGCCAACGCCUGCGCCGGCGGCCUCACGCAGGACGGCUCUCGCCUCUCGGUGCAGGUCAGCGCGCUGGCGUGCGUGGCGCUGGGCAUGUCCCCGCGGCUGGCGGGGCUCCUCACCCGCAUCCCGCUGGCGGUGCACGGUGGGGUGCUCUGCGUCACCUACGCUGUGGCCGUGGGCACGGGGAUCUCCUACUUCCAGUACGCCGACAUCGACUCCGGGAGGAACAUCUUCAUCGUCGGCUUCACCAUGUUCAUGGCCCUGCUGGUGCCGCGGUGGCUCGGCGCGGCUCCGGCACACUUGGCCACAGGCUGGGCGCCCCUGGACCUCCUCUUCCUCUCCCUGCUCACGGUUCCUGUCUUUAUAACCGGCUUCUUGUCCUUCUUCCUGGAGAACACGGUCUCAGGAACCCCGGAGGAGCGAGGGCUGCCGCAGAAAGGCGGGGCUGGCGAUGGAGAGAGGGGCGAAGCCAGCCCCGUGUACGGGCUGCCCGCCGGGCUGAGCAGGCUGCUGCCCUCCUGCAAAGCCUUCCCCUGCUGCUUCCUCUGCCCGGGGCGCGAGGAGGAGGAGGAGGAAGAGGAGAAGGAGGAGGAGGAGGAAGAUGAAGAGGAUGGCUGCCGUGCGGCCGAGGAGGGGAUUGUUGCCGCAGGGGAAGGGACACGGCUGCUCCUGAAGCCCGGCACCGGGGAGGCGCAGGACAGAGAGCCAAGCCAGGCGGAGACGCUUGCAUGGCACACGGGGGCCUGA